AUGAGAGCAGGAAACCACACAGGAGUAUCACUGUUCUUACUCCUGGGCCUCUCAGAGGAUCCUGAAUUGCAGCCACUCCUCUUUGGAGUGUUACUGUCCAUGUACCUGGUCACCGUGCUUGGGAACCUGCUCAUCAUCCGGGCCAUUAGCUCUGACUCCCACCUCCACACCCCCAUGUACUUCUUCCUUUCCAACCUGUCCUUUGUUGACAUCUGUUUCGUCUCUACCACUGUCCCGAAGAUGCUAGUGAACAUCCAGGCACAGAGCAAAGACAUCUCCCAUGUAGGAUGCCUCACUCAGGUGUAUUUCUUUAUGAUUUUUGCUGGAAUGGAUGGUUUCCUCCUGACUGUGAUGGCCUAUGACCGGUUUGUGGCCAUCUGCCACCCCUUGCACUACAUGGUCAUCAUGAACGCCCGCCUCUGUGUCCUCCUGGUUCUGAUGUGUUGGUUUGUCAUUUUCUGGGUUGCCCUUAUUCAUCUUCUACUGUUGAUGCAGCUGACCUUUUGUGUAGGCACGGAAAUCCCACAUUUCUUCUGUGAACUGACUCAGAUUCUCAAGGUGGCCUGCUCAGACACCCUCAUCAAUGACAUCUUCUUGCUUGUGACAACUGUCCUGCUGGGUGUGUUUCCCCUCACUGGAAUCUUUUUCUCUUACUUCCAAAUUGUCUCCUCUUUAAUGAAAAUGUCCUCUAUAGAGGGAAAAUAUAAAGCCUUUUCCACCUGUGGGUCUCACCUCUCUGUGGUAUCCUUGUACUAUGGGACAAGCCUGGCAGUCUACCUCAGUUCUGACGUGUUUCAUUCUCCCCAGAGAAGCUCCAUUGCCUCAGUGAUGUACACAGUGGUCACCCCCAUGCUGAACCCCUUCAUUUACAGCCUGAGGAACAAGGAUGUGAAGGGAGCCCUGGUAAGGCUGCUCAGUCGAGGAGCCCCUUGUGGGUGA